CCGGGCCCCGUUAGCGCGCGGACCGCCCCUAGCAACGGGCCCCGGGAGGCGGCUGGUUGCUAUGGCCGGCGUGGGGGCCCGGCCUGGCCCCGGGGCGGGCUGCCCGCCCUCCCCGCCCGCGGUGCCCGGAUCCCGUACCCGCAGCGCUGCCUUCGCACCUCGCAGGCCCCUCGGUUCUGCCCCGAAAUCCCGCUCCCGGGGUUCAUCCCCGUGCCCGAGCUGGGCCCUGAGGAGUGAGGACCUCGCCCUGCUCUGCACCCAGUGCUAUUAUUUUUUGGUUUUAACCGAUUUACUGUGGGGACUGUUUAGUGAAAGAAGCAUUUCCCAUCAGGGCCGGGAGAGGAGGCAGCUGGGCAGCACCCGUAGACAGAGUGAGUGGCACAUGCAGCUUUUGAGAGCACCUCGAGAUGGCAGCUGCCGACCGUGUCUGUGGGCCUGACAGAUGCCGAUCACCGGACCACAGCCCCGAGCGGGUGAGGAUCGGAGGGGACACAGGCGCUGCGUCCCAGCCGUGGGCAGGCUGGCAGCGUAGCAGCCCCGGAGAAGGGACAGGAAGGGGAGGGAGCCGCUGGCCGCCGGGCCACGGCUGCCCCACCGGCUCUGCCCACCCUGCUGUGCCGUGCCGAGCCGUGCCGAGCCGUGCCGAGCCAAGCCGUGCUGUGCCGUGCAGUACCGGGCUGCUCGGUGCAGGCUGCCGGCUGCAGCCGCCGGAGCUGUCCAGCCGCUCGCGCCUGACUCCCCGCAGCCCCAGCCAUCCCCGCCAUGCGAGAGCGAUGAGAGCAGCUCCUCCAGACGCAGCCCGGCAAUGGAGGAUGAUUUAUUCCAGCUGAGACAGCUGCCGGUGGUCAAGUUUCGCCGCACUGGGGAGAGUUCAAGGUCAGAUGAGGAUGCAAUUUCAGGAGAACAUGAAAUUCAGAUUGAAGGUGUUCGGACGGAACUAGAGGCUAUCGAGCUAGAGGAUGGAGCGGCAGUGCCAAAGGAAUUUGCCAACCCAACUGAUGAUACUUUUAUGGUGGAAGAUGCGGUGGAAGCCAUUGGAUUUGGAAAGUUCCAGUGGAAACUCUCUGUUAUUACUGGAUUAGCAUGGAUGGCAGAUGCUAUGGAAAUGAUGAUUCUAAGUAUCCUAGCUCCUCAGCUUCAUUGUGAGUGGCGAUUACCAAGCUGGCAGGUUGCAUUGCUCACAUCGGUGGUGUUUGUGGGAAUGAUGUCCAGUUCUACUCUGUGGGGAAACAUUUCAGAUCAGUAUGGGAGAAAAACAGGGCUAAAGAUCAGUGUGUUAUGGACGCUCUAUUACGGGAUCCUCAGUGGUUUUGCGCCGGUGUAUAGCUGGAUCUUGGUGCUGAGAGGCCUGGUGGGCUUUGGGAUUGGAGGAGUGCCUCAGUCGGUAACCUUAUAUGCUGAAUUCCUUCCAAUGAAAGCCAGAGCAAAAUGCAUUUUAUUAAUAGAGGUCUUCUGGGCCAUUGGGACUGUGUUUGAAGUCCUCCUAGCAGUGUUGGUGAUGCCCACUCUUGGCUGGCGAUGGCUUCUCAUUCUUUCUGCUCUCCCACUUUUGCUCUUCGCUGUCCUAUGUUUUUGGCUGCCAGAAAGUGCCAGGUAUGACGUAUUAUCUGGAAAUCAAGAAAAAGCAAUUGCCACUUUAAAGCGGAUAGCAACAGAAAAUGGAGCUCCAAUGCCUUUGGGAAAAUUAAUUAUUUCCAGACAGGAAGACCGAGGGAAAAUGAGGGACCUUUUUACACCCCAUUUCAGAUGGACCACAUUGUUACUCUGGUUUAUAUGGUUUUCCAAUGCUUUUUCAUAUUAUGGGUUAGUUUUAUUAACUACAGAGUUCUUCCAAGCUGGGGAUGUCUGCAGCAUUUCCAGUAGAAGGAAAGAAGUUAAAGCAAAGUGCAGCCUGACCUGUGAGUAUCUGACAGAGGAAGAUUACACUGAUCUGCUCUGGACAACCCUAUCAGAGUUCCCAGGUGUGUUAGUAACACUCUGGAUUAUUGAUCGGAUAGGCCGCAAGAAAACCAUGGCCCUGUCCUUUUUGGUCUUCUCGUUUUGCAGUCUUCUGCUGUUUCUCUGUGUUGGAAGAAAUGUUCUUACUGUGCUGCUCUUCAUUGCAAGAGCUUUUAUUUCAGGAGGAUUUCAGGCUGCUUAUGUUUACACUCCUGAGGUUUAUCCGACAGCCACUCGUGCUUUGGGCCUGGGAACUUGCAGUGGAAUGGCCAGGGUGGGAGCCCUAAUAACCCCGUUCAUUGCACAGGUGAUGCUGGAAUCUUCUGUCUAUUUAACACUGGUGGUUUACAGUGGAUGUUGCCUGCUGGCAGCUGUGGCUUCCUGCUUCUUGCCCAUUGAAACAAAAGGUCGUGGCUUACAGGAGUCUAGCCACAGAGAAUGGGGACAAGAGAUGGUUGGGAGAGGAUCUCAUUCCCCAGGGGUCACCAGGUCAAACUCUGGAUCACAGGAAUGAUGGGACGUGAAAUCCUGCUGAAAGAAUGGCUGAUACGAGCAAGAUCCGUUUCACAGAAAAUCAAACCCUGGAGCAUAGAAAGCUGACCAUACUGUCACUGCCAAUGUCAUGUGUCAAACUGCAGGAACUUUGGGUUGAACCUAAGCAAAUUGUGUCUCUACUGCUCUUUGCUCACACUCAUAAAAAUUUUAUUUCUGUAUUAAGAGGCAUUUGAUCCAGAUAUCAUUUGAAGUUUAGCAGGAAGGGUUUUUCUUAAGUCUGUUGUGCUUGCAUGGUCAGCUAUUCAGCUUAAAAUGUCCCGUGUCAAGCAAAUAGCUAACUGAAUGCAACUCAGUAUAAGCUGUAAUUAAAAUAAUGUACUCUUGAUGCCUAAAAGCAAAAGAUUAAUAUUUAUUGUGUACCUGGCAUAGAGCACGGUGGAUUCCAUACACUACAGAAUAGAUUUUAUGAAUUAGAUACCUGCCUUGCACUUUUUUAGCCAUCAACAACAACAAAAUGUGAUAACAGCACACCAACCAACGCUUUAUAGUUCCCUUGCUUAUGAGUUCUGUUCCUUGGGAAUUAACAGGCACUAUAAAAGAGAUUGCUUGGAAUCUACUUUCUGAAUGUUUCCCCUAUCCAAGGCAGGUAGUUUGAGUCAGUGAAGAGUGGUAUUUGAUGCAGAGAUGGAAUGUUACAUAAGAAAUAUAAAUUCUAAUGGUUUGGAGCAGAAUUUGACUUUUCUAACAUUGCCAGAAACAUUGAGCACUCUUGUCUGUUGCUUGGUGAAGAUCGCUUCAGCUGCACUGGUGUCUCUUUGUGCGUGGAGAUGCACGCUGUGGUUUUCUGCAUGGGUCCAGAUAUGUUUCUGCUCAAUUUGCCUAAGUAUGUUCCUGCAGUGGUGUAGCCAAAACUUUUGAUACAAAUGCCUCAAUCUGAACAGCUGCUUGUAGCAGUUUGGAUGGAGCUGCUUUCAAGUGUCUCCCAACAGAAGCCGGUUCCUGACAGCUGGGCAGAACUUUUCAAUAGCUGCAGAUUGUACAUCGACUGUAAAGUCAAGCUGGUGACACAGGAAUGUAGCUGGGAUCAUGUCGUAAAUGAACAGAAAUCCUGGGAAGAGCCGUACCACAAUCAUCCUUAAAUGAGCAACUUCACUCCUUCAGAUCUUGCCCCUGGAGGUGAUUUUGAUGAUCCUGCUCUUGCUGGAGGAUGUAACAGAGUUCAGGUGAGGAUAAGCACACUUCAUAUGUGUGUGGACUUCUUGUCUGUCAGAAAUCUGUCACUACGCAGGGAGACAGAUUUCCGAGUUUGCGGACACGCAGGGAGGAAAUGCGUAAGGAAACGGAGAUGUUUCUCAUCCACACGUCUCGGUUUAUUUUCAGGAAUCCAGACUAUGGAACACACAACCAAAUGUACGUGAGAUGGACUAAAUGCUAAUCACUAAGCUGUGGGAAGCAAUACAUUUUUAAUAAUAUGUGUGGUCAGUUGUCUCACAUAAAUAUAGGUAAGAGUGCAACAAAUUUUGCACGGUAAAAUAUUUAAGGUAUUCUGGGAACCAGGCCCCUUUUCUCUGGGGCAAGAAAAGGUCACUGAGUCCGUGUUUGGGUGCAAUAUAAAUGAACACAGUCGGGGUUCAGCUUUCACUUAGGGAUUUGCAACACUGUAGUGCAGUAUGACGCUCCAAGAUGUGUUAGGCUGCUUAGAGCACUGAAGGAAAGGUACAAGUGGGUAAUUCCUUAAAGAAACUGAGGAACCUCAGACUGACAAAAAAGGCCAAAGAGAUUGUUGACGUUGUGUGUGUGGGUAUCUUCUGCGGAGAAAAGUAAAAUUGUGACAAGGCACCAAAAUGUCUGUCUAUUCGUCUGCCGCUUUAUGAUGGUGACUGCAAAGAAGGGCUGCAGAAGCAGUUGGUAUGAGCAGGCAAAUAUUUCCUUUGCACAGUAAUAUGAAAAUGUAAUUCAGCUCGUAGGGGAUCCCGCUUCAGAUGUGGCUGAUGACAUGGAAACACACUGUCUGUUCCUAUGGCUAUUGCUUUGUGUUGGUUCUGUUAUCUUUGUCUCUGCUCUGUUUAUACCCUGUGUGCUGAAUCUCCAGUAAGGUCAAGUUCCAGUCAGUCCUCAGUAAACAGACGGGACUGUCAUGGAGCUGACAGCCGGGGCAGAUAAUUCCCUUUCACCUCCUUCUGUCAGGCUGCAGUUGGAUAAUUCUCCCUAAUGUACUAUGCAACUGGGGUAGCUCAUUGCUGCCUCAAAGUAGAGGAAUAAUGACUUGUUUCCCUUAGACUGUCCCUCCAAUUUGCAAGAGAUGGGCAGCACAUUUUUACUGAAGAAGCACUCCCUGGAUGGGUGUAGAUCAGAUCUAGGCCAUACCUGUGACCAGAUAGCUAGAAAACCUGCUCUGGCUUUGCACGGUAUGGACUAGUAACCUUAUAAUGACGAUUCUGGCUACCACCUCCUCCCGCCUGCUGGUUACAGAUACUCAUGAGAAAAAGCCAGUCCCUACCUGGCUGGGGGCACAUCCCGGCGCUUGUGUGUCUCUCUCUUGUCAUGCAUGCUUGCCUUUAGUUGUGCUUACAGUUAGAUGUAUGCCCCAAAACUGGAGGGCCUCUAGGAGAAUUCAGCUGGGUGUAAGCCUGCACUGCAGGGGAGAAUGAAUAUAAAGUGCAUGAAAUCCAUGGACUUUUCAGCCUAGCUGCUGAGUUUGUCUAUUACUGAGCACCUUUGGUUAAAACUCUGCUUUUCCAGUGUUAAUGUGCACAUGUUGUUUCAUUUUUUUGAGUCAGUAUUCAACAGUUUUAAAGGACUGCAUUGCAAUGGCCUUCAAAAUGUGCAUUCAGAGAGUUUUCGGUGAAGUAUAUAUAUCUAAAAAACUUGCACAUAUGUAUGCUUCAAAGAAAAUAUUUCCCAGCUAAAGAUAUAUAUGUAAUGCAAAACCUUUUCAUCCUGUUGAGUAGUUCAGUUUUAACCUGUGACAUUUACAGUAUUAAAAAAAACCUGGAAGGCAUUUUUGCCUUUCACUUUAUAUGAAUUCUGCUUUGAAAAAUGUAUAUAAUGGUAUAAAUGCCAAGCUCGGUCCUGCUGAGACAACUUCAUAUUCUGGGGUUUUGAUUUAAAGACAGUGAUCCUAAAGCAUGAUCCAAAGCUCACUGAAGUCUAUGAGAGUCUUCCACUGACGGUCAUGGGCUUUGGAUCAUCUCAGUCGAGGAAGAUGGGAAGGAGCCCUCAGCAGCUGAUCCCACAUCACUGAAAUCAGCAGGAGCCUAUUGGGCUGCUUAAGAAACAGAGCUGAAAUUCAGGUUUUGCAAGUCCGUGAAUAUUAUUGAUAAUGGAAGGACAUUUUGGAGUGUUCGCUGAAAAAAUGAAGAACAUUUGGGUUGAUACGCAAUAGCCUAUAAAUAAUCACAAGUCAUAUUUUGUUAAUAUGGCAACACCAUUGAUGUAUAUAAUAAGCUUCCAAAGAUUGUUUUACACACUGUCGAGUAUUUUUCACUGAUGAAGGAAUUAAUAUAGCAGGUUCAUUUAAAACACUAAAGUGAGAUCAUUUUGAGUUAAAAUUGAGAGCAAACAGAAUUGUGUGAUUCAGAGAUUUGUUAACUGUCCGAUACAUUAAUGUGCAAAGCUGUUGUGGGAAAAGUAAUUCUCCAAGUGUGCUUUGAUGGAAUGAUUUCGUGUUCCUAAAUGCUUGCCGAAGGAACGUUGAAUGUUUUCUUGUGUUUGAA